UAUUUUUUUUCUUAAUUAGUAAUUAGUGUCCGGCCAAACCCAUCAUUUUUUUUCUUCUAAUUUUCAAGAUUUUUUAUUUUUUAUUUUAAAAAAAAAAAUUGUGUUUGGAGGGGAGAGAGAGAGUCAAUUUUUUUAGAGAAGGGUUGUUGAAAAAAGGGGAAGAAUUGCAGGAGAUCCGGUGCAUUGUUGGAAAUCUUUGAUUGUUCAUCAGCUCUGUGCUUUACAGGCAUUCAUCUGAAAGGCUGUAAAAAAACAGGACUAAAGGAGGAGGAGUACCUAUAAGCUCCUGAGUGCUGUUCUUUCCCUUUCUGAUUUUUUUUCGAGGGUUUAGGAAUUCUUGAGUUAUUAGAGUUAAAGGGAGGGAAAGAAAGCAUUUUUACCUUGUGAGCUAACUCAAUUGGGUGAAAAACACAAAUUUGUUGUUAUUAACAAUGAACGGAGUCUCCGGUGUGAUGUCAAGGCAAGUAUUGCCAGCAUGUGGAAGCCUUUGUUUCUUCUGCCCUGCGAUGCGGACGAGAUCAAGGCAGCCUGUUAAGAGGUAUAAGAAGUUGAUCUCAGACAUUUUCCCUCGGUCCCAGGAAGAAGAACCAAAUGAUAGGAAAAUUGGAAAACUUUGUGAAUAUGCUGCAAAAAAUCCUUUUCGAAUUCCCAAGAUAACAAAGUCACUUGAGGAGAAGUGUUAUAAGGAUUUGAGAAAUGAGAAUUUUCGGUCAGCGAAGGUUGUUAUGUGUAUAUACAAAAAGUUGGUUGUUUCAUGCAAGGAGCACAUGCCACUUUUUGCAAAUAGUCUGCUCAGCGUCUUACAAACUCUUCUAGAUCAGUCGCGUGAGAAUGACAUGCUAAUUGUUGGAUGUGAAUCACUAUUUGAUUUUGUAAAUAAUCAGAAAGACGGUACUUACAUGUUUCAUUUAGAUGGUUUUAUUCCAAAACUGUGUCAAUUGGCACAACAAAUAGGAGAGGAAGAAAGUGCUAUACAUCUCCGCACAGUUGGCCUGAAAGCACUUUCUGCAAUGGUUUGGUUCAUGGGCGAAUAUUCUCAUGUUUCAGCGGAAUUUGACAAUAUUGUUUCAGUAGUCUUGGAAAGUUAUCCAAGGCCAAGAAAGGAAACUCAAGACUCAAACCAGAACAGGUGGGUGGAAGAAGUGCGCAAAGUUGAGGGCCACGUUUCUCCUUCCCCAGAAGUCAUCGCGAAGGUUCCCUCGUGGAGAAUCAUUGUGAAUGAGAAAGGGGAACUAAAUAUUUCAAAGGAGGAUGCAGAAAACCCAACAUUUUGGUGUAGGGCUUGCCUGCAUAACAUGGCCAAACUAGGUAAGGAGGCUACAACCACAAGGCGAGUUUUGGAAUCUUUAUUCCGCUACUUUGACGACGACAAUUUAUGGCCUACUGAAAAUGGAAUUGCUGUACCUAUUCUAAAGGAUAUGCAGUACACGAUGGAUGCUUCAGGAGAGAAUGCGCACCUUCUGCUGUCAACAUUAGUCAAGCAUCUAGAUCACAAAAAUGUUCUUAAACAACCUGAAAUGCAGCUUGACAUUGUUCAGGUGGUGACUUCACUUGCUCAAACCACGAAGAUUCAUCAUUCCAUUGCUCUAGUCAGUGCAAUAACUGAUAUCAUGAGGCACUUACGGAAAAGUAUACAUUAUACUCAUGAUGACGCAAAGCUGGGAGCCGAGUUAAUAAAGUGGAACCGACUCUUCCAGGAAUCAGUGGACGAGUGCCUUGUGGAGUUAUCAAAUAAGGUUGGAGAUGCAGGCCCUAUUCUUGAUGUGAUGGCAGUAAUGUUAGAGAACAUCACAAGUAUCGAAGUGAUAGCAAGAACUACCAUUGCUGCUGUUUACCGUGCUUCUCAAAUCAUAGCUUCUAUGCCAAAUUUGUCAUACCAAAACAAAGCAUUCCCAGAGGCUUUGUUUCAUCAGUUACUCCCUGCUAUGGUCCACCCUGAUCAUGAAACGCGAGUUGGAGCUCAUCGAAUCUUUUCUGUUGUCCUUGUUCCAUCUUCUGUUUCCCCUCAGAAGGUAUCUGAGGAAAUCCACCUAAGGCAGGCAACAGAUUUUUCAAGAGCACUCUCUAGAACUGUUUCUGUCUUUUCUUCUUCAGCUGCACUUUUUGGAAAGCUGAGAGACCAGAGGUCUUCUUCAAUGGAGAAGGUUACUCUUGGAAUGGAACAGAAAGAUAACAAUAGUGGGAUGCUCAACAGAAUAAAGUCAACAUAUAGCGGGGUGUAUAGCAUGAAAGCCUCUCCUGCACCUAUUGAAGAGUCUACAAACAAACCAAGUAACGAAAUGGGUCCUAUUUCUCUAAGACUCAGCAGCCACCAAAUCGUACUCCUUCUCUCCUCACUAUGGGUACAGUCCAUUUCUCCUGCAAAUAUGCCUGAGAAUUAUGAAGCCAUUGCUCACACAUUUAGCCUGGUCUUACUAUUUUCUAGAGCAAAGAACUCAUACCGUGAAGCUCUAGUGCAAAGUUUUCAGCUUGCGUUUUCGUUGAGAAAUGUAGCACUCAUUGAAGGAGGGUCACUACCACCAUCACGUAAAAGAUCUCUCUUUGUGUUGGCGACAUCUAUGAUUAUCUUCUCAUCAAAGGCAUAUAAUAUACCUUCUCUCGUUCCCCGUGUCAAGGCUACAGUUUCAGAUAAAACGGUUGAUCCGUUUUUACAUUUGGUAGAAGAUAGCAAACUACAAGCUGUUGAUUCAAGUUCUGGAAUUGGAAAAGUUACAUAUGGAUCCAAUGAAGAUGAUAUUUCUGCUCAGAAAUGUCUCUCACAAAUAAAUAUCACAGAGGAACAGUCAACGCAAUCCAUGAUUUCUUUAAUCCUAAAGAGCUUAUCUAAUCUAUCAGACCUUGAAGUGUCAGCUUUAAGGGAGGAGUUGCUUAAGAAAUUUUCACCAGAUGAUUCAGAUUCCCUGGGGACUCAGUUUUUCACCGAUGCUCAACAGAGAGCUCAGCAGUCUAAUUCAGUUGAUCUGGCCUCAAUAUUUGACGAUGAUGGUCCAGAUUUAUUUCAUAGCAAUUCCGAAUGGAAUGAACAAUCAGACAUGGAAAGGCCCAAUCUGCUGAGUGUCAAUCAACUUUUAGAAUCUGUUUUGGAGACGGCACAUCAAGUAGGGAGAAUCUCUGUGAGCACAGAACCUGAAUUUUCAUACAAAGAAAUGGCUCAUCAUUGUGAGACACUUUUAACGGGAAAACAACAAAAGAUGUACAAUUUGAUGAAUAGCCAACAUAGACAAGAUAAUGCACCGAUCGAAAUAUCAGAGAAUUCCAGUGAACAGGACGAAGAAAGUGCUUCUGAUAACCAGGUUGACAAUCAGGUUGAGAACCAACUCGCAGAUCAGAAAGUAGCCGAUGUUUCUGAUAAACCAACACGAGAAACUGUUCCUUUGCAUUGUGGAGCAGAAUAUCAAAGUAAUCCGGAGUCCUUCAGGCUGCCGGCAUCAAGUCCAUAUGACAAUUUUUUGAAAGCUGCCAGAUGGUAGAGAUAGCAUAGGUAUCGUUCCAAACAGAAAUGUUUGUGAGAUUACUUCCCUCCUAUGGCAGAUUGCCAAAGCCUUAUCGGUUGCAGAACCGGAAGAUCUUCAUGCAAUGCGCCUGCACGGAAAGAAAGUCGGCGCCAGAGUUGUAGAUAACACAUAGUUUGUAACUCAUCAUACACAUAAAAGUUGUUCAUUCUUUUAUUCUUUUUUUUAAUUAUUAUUCCUAUUAUGAGGUGAAAUAUUGUUGUCUGGAGCCAUAGAGGAGGCAUAUUGGUUAAGAUGUUAGGUCUUGCUGUCUUAACCACUGUCAUUUACUGUUGUAUAAUAUCAAAAUGUUGCUUUUCCUAUUUCUCUUUUUAGUGAAUUUAGAUGGCGCUAUUUACUUC